GCGACCUCUGUGAGUACUUCGACUCGGAUAACAGACGACACUCAGAUUUGUUUCCCGAGAUGAUUAUUGCACGUCCAAUCGUCCAUCAUUUAAUUCAGAUAAUAUCACUGUACAUUAAAGUAUUGAUCCUGAACAGUAUUCCCCUUUAAAUUUUCUUUUGAGAAAUUGCAUAGAGCUUAAAAAAAAAAAAAAAACAUUUUUAUCGAUAGUACGGCUGGUUGUAAAUUGGAGUAUGCAUCGUUGGCUAAAGUCGAUACCGGUACAGUGUAUAGACUAGAUCUUGGUCUAGAUUUUGACGUCUUGAAAUCGGCACUGGAAAAGAAAAGAAACAAAGUAAGUGACAGAAAUUUGGAACACAAAUGGCUAGAAGUUCCGCUACUCUUACGAUCCAGGAUUGUCUCACAUGUUUCAUCUGUGGGAACAUUUUCCGGAAGCCACGGAUCCUUCAAUGUGGGCACACAUUCUGCGGCGAAUGUCUAGGCAAACUGAAGAAUGACCUUUUGAGAGACGGUACUCUAUCUAAAUGUGAUUUGGUUUCAGACGUAUAUGCAGACAGUACUGAUACAGUCGACGUGUCUUUGAGCAGCUCUUACUAUGCAGACACUGCCAGCAAUUCUUUAACAAACCAAGAUACUGGCUCUAAUUGUUAUAGACCUCUCUCGUCCAGCAGAAACCAGAGCCGAGCAAUGGCCGAAGCUACGAACGGGAUUCCCCGAAGCAACACUUUCGUCCGAGAAAAACAGCCAAGCUGUUCAGAGCAGAGCCACUCGAGGAACAGUGCCCCUGCCAACAUUGGCUCCGCUUACAAUAAUGUGUGUUCAAAGUGCGGUACCGCUUCACCAGCGACUCUACCCCGUUCGAGAAAGUCGUCACAAAGUCCGUCCCCAACUCUCAAGCCCAAAGACACCCAAGCAUCACCUCGAUGGAACACAAGUCCCAAAAGAUCGACAGAGUCCGUGUGCUCUUUUGAACAAAAGCACGGAAAGGAAAUGGAGUUGUUCGUCUGCCCGAUUCCUGAGUGUAACUAUGCGCUGAGAGUCAUGAAUUUGGCCAGAUGGUCGCCCAAAAAUAUCAUUGUUGCGGAUAUUUCUUCAGUCUGGAGAAAGUUACAAGAGAAUAGAAAGGAUGUCAGCACACAAACAGACAUAAGUAACGAGAAAUCACUUUUGGUUACCAUUCCACGGUCCUUGGUCGACAGCCAACCACUUGUGCCACUGGGGCAGAGACGGCGCCACUCAUCCUUGAUGGACAUGGCCAUGCAGAGUACAGCAAGUCUGGAGGGAGUAAGUCGAGGCUACCUGCCCAGUGGCAGCGCUACAUGGCGAUCCUAUGCAGCCAUGUUAGGCAUGAAUAUAUUGCAUCAAAUAGUUCAGCUUUAAAAUAUAUUCGCCUAAUUGUUUUCUGCUUUGUAACGUUUCGUUUCGAAAUAGUGUUAAACAACUAUAAUAAAAAAUACUGCUAGAUUACAUUACGAUAUUCCUUCAGUUAUCACUGAGUCUGUUGGGCCGCUGGAUUUGUGGAUCGUCUUUCUCCAUUCCUCUCUGUACUUUUGAUAGAAACUCUUUCAAUGGCUGGCCCGGCCAUUCUUUUAUGUUGUCUUCCCAUCGCUUUCAGGGCAAUUCAGGGUCUGCCUUUUCUUCUUUUUCCGGGUACUGUUUCGUGAAGGGAGGUUUUUAUGAGUCCCGAGGACCUUGUGAUAUGGCCAUAGAGUUUUUCUUUGGGUUUUUCGACAGUAGUUAGCAGAUCAUCGUGGGGUCCUAUUGUUAAUCCUGUCUCUAAUCUCUUCGAUUGGGAUGCGGUCUUUGUAUGUGAUACCUAGGAUAUUUCUGUAGCAUCUCAAUUCCAUUGCCUGGAUCAUCUUCUCUAGUUCUGCA